AUGUCGGAUAGCAAUUACCCAUCCUGGUUCCAGUCAACAGAAGACGGCGAAUACCGCGCCGCACGCCCUCAUGCAGAGGUUCUGCAACGGCUUUUGUCAAACACGAUUGAUUCAGCUACCGCAGCUAAUAAGCUGAUAUCCCUUGACUACACGAAUGACGAUACGCCAUGGGCCCUCUGGAAUGUCAUCUAUGAGGCUGCCGCCGAAUUUUCUUCAAGCCAUUCCCCAUUGCUGGCCCUCCUGACAGAUGUACAAAGUUUGGAUUCACAACUAUCUGAAUUCGCACCUAAAGGUACACCACGAGAAUGGUUCGCCUGCUUCGGGAGCAUGUGGCGCGAUAAAUGGGAUAUGCUUUCACCCAGUGCAGCAUCUGGAUGGACCGUGUCUGCAUCCCAGACACGGCGCCGAUGGAUCAAUAUAAAUGCCUUUUCAGCAAAGCUUUUAGCCACUACUUCUUUCAGUCGAGGCGCGAAGCUCCGUGCUUUGGGUUUGAGUUUAUUUAAGAAAUGCUUAGAGACGGAUCCAAACACGUACAAAGAGAUGAAACGUCGCACACAAUCCGCAGUCCAAAGAGAGCCACCUUGGAACAAAAUGGACCUGGGAGAGAUCUUGGCAGCCGAUUUGUGUGCCGCUGCACAAUGGCUCAUACAUGCUGAAGGGUUGAUGUGGGAGGAUGAUCGGCUCGAUGAUACCGAUUUCAUUCGGAUGGUCCUGCCCGGUCAAACUGAUCUUUGGAAUGGAAGCCAGGGGUUGACGGAAGAACGAUGGCAGCUGUGGAAGGAACGGUUCUUGUUCAUGGCAGAAUCCGAGGAUAUUGGUCCGGACGCACAACGGGUUGCACGGAAGGCAGGGCAGAUUAUGGGCGCAAUUCAUGACGUGAACCGGUACGAUAUUUGA